AUGAGCAGUUUGACAAGCGAUCCAAGACGUCCAAAUCGCAUUUAUCGUUACAAGCCUUCCUCAAAUAAACCUGGCGAUGACCCAAUAGCUGACUAUCUCAAUCUAUUGGGAAUGGUUUUUAGUAUGUGUGGUUUAAUGAUGAGAUUGAAGUGGGCUGCAUGGGCAGCUGUGUAUUGUUCGUUUAUUAGCUUUGCAAAUUCAAGAGCUUCAGAAGAUGCUAGGCAGAUGUUUAGCAGUUUUUUAUUAUCUGUUUCUGCAAUUGUGAUGUCAUAUUUACAAAACCCACAGCCGAUGGCAGUUAGUUGGUAG